AUGGACGAUUCCGAUGUCAUACAACCCCUCCCGGACACGCCUCAGAGCCCUGGCGUGCAGGAUGGGGCAUUAUCCGGCGACGGAGGCAUUGAGAACGAGGCAGAAGCACGGCUGAAGAAAGGAGGGCGUCAAAGACUACUCCGUGGCCUGCAGCGUAUCUCAUCCUCGCCCUCGUUGACUCGUUCCGGCCGCCCGAGGGCCGCAAGCAGCCCUUACUCGCUGUCGGGCACUCUGUCUUGUGUGAGCCUGGCUUCGACCGCUUCUCCUUUUGGCCAACCGAGCGCAGGCUCCUAUUUCUCCCAGACGUUUACAGCGAACAGCUCAGGCACCGGCGCGUCGACGCCAGCCAGCCCGAUGGUCGAGCAGUGCCAAGAUGACGAAGCUGAAUGCGAGCUGCCCAAUCGGAGGGUCGAAUGCGCGAUGGCUGCACCGACCACUGUUUCUGUGCCAAUGGCGCUCAGAAAGAAGACCAAGGCGGUCGAUAUAUGGAGCGGAAUACCUCUUGAGCUUAAGAUUCACGUUCUCUCCUUCCUCCGGCCCAAAGAGCUGGUGCGAGCUUCGAGAGUCUCCAAGGGCUUCUACGAGCUUUGCUUUGACGGUCAGCUGUGGACUAGCUUGGACGCAUCCGAGUUUUACCGCGAGAUACCCGCCGAAUCCCUCGCUAAAAUCAUUCAGUCGGCCGGGCCGUUUGUAAAGGACCUUAAUCUCCGGGGCUGCGUUCAAGUUGAGCACUACAAGCGGGCCGAGGUCAUAGUCAACGCAUGCCGAAAUCUGAUCAAUGCCACGUUGGAGGGAUGUCGAAAUCUUCAACGGUCAACCCUACACAGCCUACUAAAAGCCAACGAGAAGCUUGCUAUCCUCAACCUCACGGGGCUCGCCGCUGUCAACAACGCCACUUGUAAGAUCAUAGCUCACUCCUGCCCACAGCUGGAGGUGUUCAAUGUGUCGUGGUGCAAGCAAAUGGACGCCCGAGGCAUCAAGUUUGUGGUUGAAGGAUGCCCCAAACUGAAAGAUCUCCGAGCUGGUGAGGUCAAGGGCUUCAGCAACACUGAUGUGGCCGAAGUCAUUUUCAAAACAAAUAGACUCGAGCGGCUGGUCCUGGCCGGCUGCGAAGAGUUAAACGAUGUCGCCCUCAAAACCAUGAUUCACGGACCAGACCCCGAGAUUGACUGCCUCACCGAUCGCCCAGUCGUACCUCCCCGCAAGCUCCGACAUCUUGAUCUCACCCGUUGUUCACAGCUCACCGACAAUGGCGCCAAAGCUUUGGGCUACCUAGUCCCAGAUCUGGAAGGCCUGCAGCUAUCAGGGGUCUCUCAGCUGACUGAUUCCGCCCUCGAGCCGAUCCUAGCAUCAACUCCUCGUCUUACCCACCUCGAGCUAGAAGACCUCUCAGAACUAACCAACGGCCUUCUCUCCCAGCACCUUGCCAAGGCCCCUUGCGCGCCAUACCUGGAGCAUCUCAGCAUCAGUUACUGCGAAAACCUGGGCGAUCCGGGCAUGCUGCCCGUCAUGCGCAGCUGCACCCGCCUCAAGACCGUGUUCAUGGACAACACGCGCAUAAGCGACCUAGUGCUGGCCGAGGCCGCCGCCAUGGUACGCGAGCGGUCCAACUCUGCGUCCCGCCCGCCGUCCCUCCCGUUCGUCGGCCUCAGCUUGGUCGUCUACGACUGCCCUCACGUCACAUGGACCGGUGUGCGUGAGGUCCUAAGCCGGAAUGCCGAAGCGGCCACGAGGGCGAGAAAGGGCAAGGCUGCUGCUGCUUCUUGUCCUGCCGCGUCAGCCCGACCGCCGGCCGAGGUCAUCUCUCUCAAGUGCUUCUAUGGCUGGCAGCAGACGGUCGAUGAGCACACGAAGCGCGUUCUAAGGGGCGACGUCGCGGCCGCCGACAGGCUGGAGAGGAAAUGGGCGGAUUACAUGCAGGCAAACGAAGAAGCGGGAGUUUCCGGGGCGGCCGGAAGGCGGCGGAGGAGGCGGCGGGCGCGCGAAGCGCAGCAGCUGCACGAGGAGGAGGGCGGCGCCGGAGGAGCCGGAGGGAGCGGUGCUGGUGGUGCCGGGAGCGGACCUGGCGCUGGCGGCAGGGGGAGGAGGAGGGCGAGGACGACGGGUUGCCUUGUUAUGUGA